AUGGAGAAAACGGAGCUGAUUCAGAAAGCCAAGCUGGCGGAGCAGGCUGAGCGUUACGACGACAUGGCUUCGUCCAUGAAGGAGGUAACUGAAAAGGGGGCUGAGCUGUCGUGCGAGGAGAGGAAUCUUCUCUCAGUCGCCUACAAGAACGUUGUCGGGGCCCGGAGGUCCGCAUGGCGGGUCAUCUCCGCAAUCGAGCAGAAGACAGAGGGCAGCGACAAAAAGCUUCCGAUGGUCAAGGAGUACCGGGAUAAGGUGGAGACCGAGUUACGAGACAUCUGCAACGAUGUAUUGGUGAGUUAAUGUUUUUCUGCCAGCCAGAAUGAGUGGGCAUGUAUGGCUUUGAGAGAACCAGAUUUGAUUUACCCAGUUCACCUUCUCUGGUGGAAAUUGAGGACACACUGUCUGCGAUGACCACAAGAAAACAUGUCUGAGCCUGGGGGCUCAGCACAAGCAAUAAAUGGGGUCACUCGUGAUAUAAAAAGCUUCUUGAUAGAUAUAUAGAUAUAUAGAAUCACCAACAAAUCCUCACUGUUUCUGUGAGGCUGAGGAGAGCAAAAGCUGUCAUCCAUUUUAUUAUUUGGAAAUUAGAUGAUGAUUUGGUUGAGUCUGUAUCCUCCCUCUGUAUGACAAUAAUAUAUUUACUAGUAGUGCACAAUAGAGCAGUCCUAUAAGUCCUUUGUUUGCUGUAUUGCAUUAGUGGAAACCAAGACAGACUGUUCUCCGAGCGGGUCUGCCGGUUUUGACUAGCAGAAGUUACUUUUCGUAGAAGGUUAGAACUUAAGCAGCAGGUUAGGAUAAUUAACGUGGCUGGUUAGGAGAAUUAACAUGGCAGGUUAAAAUGCAAAAAUUGUCUCAGACGAUCUAUCUAAAACUUGCCCUGGGAACAGUCUUGGUUUCCACUAAUCCGAUGCUGCCUCUCAUUCAUGGACUUUAACAUUGCGGUGCUUCUAUUGGUGUGAUGUUCAUCUGAAACUAUGCAGAAAGGCUGCACCAAUUGAUUAUCUGAGCCGCAGUGGUGCAGUGGAAUGACCUCCCCUUUCCACUGCUGCUCACAAUCAAUACAGUGCAUUCAGAAAGUAUUCAGACCCCUUGACUUUUUCUCAUUUUGUUACGUUACAUCCUCAUUCAAACAUGGUUUAAAUUGCUUUAACCCCCUCAAUCUACACAUAAUACUCCAUAAUGACAAAGCAAAAACACAUUUCUUUUUUUUGCACAAAAAAUAAGAAAUAAAAAAACGUAUCACAUUUACAUAAGUAUUCAGACCCUUUACUCAGUACUUUGUUGAAGCACCUUUGGCAGCAAUUACAGCCUUGAGUCUUCUUGGGUAUGACACUACAAGCUUGGCGCACCUGUACGUUUCUCCUCAAGCUCUGUCAGGUUGGAUGGGGAGUGUUGCUGCACAGCAAUUUUCAGGUCUCUCCAGAGAUGUUCGAUCGGGUUCCAGUCCUGGCUCUGGCUGGGUCACUCGAGGACAUUCAGAGACUUGUCCCAAAGCCACUCCUGCGUUGUCUUGGCUGUGCGCUUAGGGUCGUUGUCCUGUUGGAAGUUGAACUUUUGCCCCAGUCUGAGGUCCUGAGCGCUCUGGAGCAGGUUUUCAUCAAGGAUAUCUCUUUACUUUGCUCCGUUCAUCUUUCCCUCGGUCCUGACUAGUCUCCCAGUCCCUGCCGCUGAAAAACACCCCCACAGCAUGAUGCUGCCACCACCAUGCUUUACCGUAGAGAUGGUGCCAGGUUUCCUCCAGACGUGACGCUUGGCAUUCAGGCCAAAGAGUUCAAUCUUGGUUUCAUCAGACCAGAUAGUCUUGUUUCUCAUGGUCUGAGAGUCCUUUAGGUGCCUUUUGGCAAACUCCAAGUGGGCUGUCAUGUGCGUUUUACUGAGGAGUAGCUUCCGUCUGGCCACUCUACCAUAAAGAUCUGAUUGGUGGAGUGUAGCAGAGAUGGUUGUCAGUUUGGCCGGGCGGCCAGCUCUAGGAAGAGUCUUGGUGGUUCCAAACUUCUUCCAUUUAAAAAUGAUGGAGGCCACUGUGUUCUUGGGGACCUUCAAUGCUGCAGAAUUUUUUGGGGUACCCUUCCCCAGAACUGUGCCUCGACACAAUCCUUUCUCGGAGUGCUACUGCCAAUUCCUUCGACCUAAUGGCUUGGUUUUUUCUCUGACAUGCACUGUCAACUGUGGGACCUUUUUAAUAUAGACAGGUGUGUGCCUUUCCAAAUCAUGUCCAAUCAAUUGAAUUCAUCACAGGUGGACUCCAAUCAAGAUGUAGAAACAUCUCAAGGAUGAUCAGUGGAAACAGGAAGCACCUGAGCUCAAUUUCGAGUCUCAUAGCAAAGGGUCUGAAUACUUAUGUAAAGAAGGAAUUUCUGUUUAUUUUUAAUACAUUUUCACUUUGUCAUUAUGGGGUAUUGUGUGUAGAUUGAAGAUUCCAUUUUAGAAUAAGGCUGUGAUGUAACACAAUGUGGAAAAAGUGAAGGGGUGUGAAUACUUUCCGAAUGCACUGUAUGUGUUGCAGGGCAGGCACUGGCCGUAAAGGCAGGCAGCACCUCUUUCCUUCCUCUUUAAAUUUCACUGAAUAGUUUAUUAGGUUUGUCAACAGAACAGUCAGACAUUCUGAGUCAAAGGGCAUGGCAAAUGUCCACAUAAUAAUGGGCUCUACUUGGUAGACUGAUGUUUUGUUGGAUUGGCUGCUUGACUUUGAUAUGCCAGAUCAAAUGAUGCAGAACAGCAGUAUGUGAACUGGGCCUCCGGUGGGGAUGUUGGAGCAUCUAGACAAGUUACGAUAAUACUAAGCAGUUGUAUUGGACUUGUUGUGGUACAGCACCGCCAUAAUCCUGUCGCUACAUGUUAAAGAAUUUGUGACCCCUGUCCAUCUACCCUUUUUUUCAAUCGAAGGCCAUUUUAUUUUUGGUUUUGUACUGGAAGGUUCUUAGUUGUUCUUUACAUUUCCUGUCCCUCAGUUCUUUGUUAUCCAGAAUGGCUGUGUCUGCAUCCCACAUGGCAUACUAUUCAAGCCCAUAUAGGGCUCUGGUAAAAAGUAGUGGAUAGGGAGCCAUUUGAGACAGAAUCCUAGUGUUGGCUGGAAGUUGCCUGACCUGUUUGCAUUGCUGUCUUAUCUACUGUCACUCUGGGAGAGUUUAUUGUUGCGCCUGUCUGCAGGGCUUGAGUGGGUGUGGCCGCGGUGAGAGACGGCACCUGUAAUCUCUCUUAGAUUACGUGCUGUUGCCACAGCCCCCUAAUGUUCAUCCACUUUAAAAGACACGGUUUAACACCAAGGUGUGCUGAUACUAUGGGCUGAAUGGCAAAGAAGGCUAAUUUACUUGUAAUUCUUCAUGCUGCUGGAGUGGCCAGUUUAUCCACUGGAGCAUGAUCUACUCUUUAUGAUUUACUCUUGUAAUCAUAGCUGCCUACCUGCCCCCGUCCCCCCCGUCCGACGGGUAGAUAUGGAUAGAAAAGAGCAGAAGCUCUUGAGUUAUCCGACCAGGCCCCAGUCAUAGCAGAAGACUCAUGCAACACCCUGGGUGGUGUCUCUGUCAACUGCAUUCUUGACAUACUCACCUAAAGCUUAAAACAAGACUGAGUUUGUCUCAUUAGUAGUGCAUGACCGUCCCAUUUUUGUCACUGUAUUCAGCUUGUGUGUAGUACUACUCUCUAUUGUUAACUAUUCAACCAGCUCAAUAACCCUCUGUAUAUAUGCGUCAUAGUCAUGCUUUAACUAGGGCAGAGAUAUUAGUGCUGUUGGCAUAUGAAGAGAUGCUUGUGCGAAGCUUAGCUGUAUUUUUCAGUUUAUCCCUCCGAACAGCGUGGACUGCGUCCCUAAUGGCACCCUAUUCUCUAUAUAGUGCACUUCUUUUGGCCAGGGCCGAUGAGGCUCUGUACAGAGGUAAUGCACUAUGUAGGGAAUAGGAUACCAUUUGGGACGCAGACCCAGGGUCCCAAAGGAAAGGGGGCAGAUCGGUUCUAAAAGCCUGGCUAGUCUACUUUAGAACAACCUAAUGCACAUCCUCAACACUCCCAGAGGAAGAAUUCUAUAAUGUGGAAAUGGACUACCUCACCACUAAAGCCACAUUUAUUGCAGUCUGUCUGGCGCUCUGUCUGUAGUGACAUUUGGGGGUGGGCAUUAACACUCAUUGGUUUCCUGUCAAAAAGGGAACAUGUAUGGCAGUGGCUUCAUUCAACAGGCUGUGUCUGAGACCUUUGACAUAUAGCAAGGGAGACACUAGCCCUGAGCACAUGUUGGUCUUUUACAGUUGUCCUCAAUUGUGGAGUACACACUUAAUUCUAGGUGUUUGGUGAUGGAGGAAAAGCUCAGUUAUUGUAUUGCAUCUCUUGUAGAUCAGGCUUAGAUCAAGCACCCUGGUGGAUUAAAGCCGAUUACCAGUAAUCCAGACGGGUCCAUCUAUUCCAGUGUUUCCCAACUCCAGUCCUCCAGUAGUACACAUUUCUGUUGUAGCCCUGGACAAGCGCACCUGAUUCAACUUGUCAACUAAUUAUCAAGCCCUCAAUGAGUUGAAUCAGGUGAGUUUGUCUGGGGCUACAUUAAAAUGUGUGAUGUUGGGGGUACUCUAAGACUGGAGUUGGGAAGCAUUGCUCUAGUCUUUACACCCUUUUGAUCUGGGCUGUGAUGGAGGUGUCAGGCUGUUCAUCGAGGCAAUCCAAGCUCUCAUCCACACAGGCCCUAAACUUAACCGACAUACACUGAGUGUACAAAACCAUUAGAACACCUGCUCUUUCCAUGACAUAGACUGACCAGGUUAAUCCAGGUGAAAGCUAUGAUCCCUUAUUGAUGUCACUUGUUAAAUCCACUUCAAUCAGUGUAGAUGAAAGGGAGGAGACAGGUUAAAGAAGGAUUUUUAAGCCUUGAGACAAUUGAGGCAUGGAUUGUGUAUGUGUGCCGUUCAGAGGGUGAAUGGGCAAGACAAAAUAUUUAAGUGCCUUUUUGAAUGGGAUAUGGUAGUAGGUGCCAGGUGCACCGGUAUGUGUCAAGAACUGAACACUGCUGGGCUUUUCACACUCAACAGUUUCCCGUGUGUAUCAAGAAUGGUCCACCACCCAAAGAACAUCCAGCCAACUUGACACAACUGUGGGAAGCAUUGGCGUCAACAUGGGCCAGCAUCCCUGUGGAACGCUUUCAACACCUUGUGGACUACAUGCCCUGACGAAUUGAGGCUGUUCUGAGGGGGGGGUGCAACUCAAUAUUAGAAAGGUGUUCCUAAUGUUUGGUAUACUCAGUGCAUAUGGCGUGCAGAGCUGUGGUCAAGUGGGUAAUACUCUCGGCACAAGCCACAUGUACACGCCUCCCCACUGGAGACCAGGGUUCAAUCCCCGUCUUCAGCCUAUGUCUCCCUUCUAUAGCUACACCUGUCAAAUAAAAAACAAAAAAAUCAAAUUUAAAUAAGAACGACACAUAAUCAUCAUCCUGCUGUGUCACUUCCUGUCCUCUGUGUAUAGGAAGCUGUAACCCUGACAGACUCGGAUGUUCAUUGAGGAUGUAGCCUAGUGUGCAGGCUCAACGCUGAGCUAGCGCACACACUGGCUGAGCAGCAUCUGGGUGCUCUAAUUCUGCACUGGCCAUCUGUUCGAGUGCUCUGCUCUACACAGGGCCCCUCUGGGCUAGUGACUUCAUGCUCCAGCCUCGUAUUACAUAAUAAGUAUGUAUGUUAUUACGUACUCUAGGUAGUAUGUACACGCAGGGAUAGUGAAAUUUGUGCCUCGUCACGUUAUCACACAUUGGUUACAGUAGGUGAUUUGUAUUGCCAGUCUGUUUGUGCUGUCACGCCAACUCAUUGUCAUGCCGUGUUUGGCUUGAUAAUUUCAGCAAUACACGUGGUAAAGAUGUCAAUGGAAUUUGACCAAAACAAUGACAACGCCAGCCAAGCGUCCCCCCCCCUGUGGGGGAUAAAUCCAGAAUCUCCUCAUCACCGUCCAUCAAAUUAGCCUACAUUUAGUUAUUGUUUGUCUAUUUCACACAAUGUUGGGGUACAAAUCGGAGUAUAAUGCUUGUUUAGAUGUCAACCCCAAUACAUGUUCAUGUCAUCGUCACCAAUCAACUGCAUUAGCCUACACUUAAAAACGCCUUCAACUACCACCACUGAUUUCUAUAUGAUAGCUUUGCUACCAGCUUAUACGAACGGGAGUUAGCAUUUAGCAGACAUUUUUUCUAAACCCGAAAAGGACAACUUCUUCUAAGUAUUAUACAGCAAAAACAGCCAAUCCAAAUGGGAUUUUAUUAACCACCUUGUGGGCCUGUUAUCAUGACGGAUUUGACUAAUAUCCAUACUCAGCUUUUUUUGACUGGGCGCCAAUGACUGCCUCCUUCUAUCCCCCCCACGUUCUGCGUUCCAAUGAUCUCUUUACCACAUGCAUGAAGUUGGCAAGAGCACAAACAGAUCUGGGACCAGGCUGGAUUUGUGUAACCUACAGUAAGCUGCUCAUGAACCUAUACAAACCCAUAAGGAUACUGACUUGACCAAUGUUCAUAAUGACUGCAUAAUAUGCUGCUGCUGAUACUGGAUAAUCUGUUAUGCUCAAUGGGACUGGUAGCAUUUUGUUUUUCUCUGUGCUACUGCUAGUGUUGCUGUUCGUUUGCUCUCGUCACCAUGAAUAACGGGGAUAUGCCAUCUGCUUUGUUCCGAUGACCGUCUAAAUGUAGCUAGACUAUGAAAUGACUCAAGCUCAGUGGUCACAGUAUGGCACUACAGCGUCAUCCACUUUCACCUUAUUUCACAUGCUCCUGCUGCUUGGUUGUUCAGGUGCAUAGAGAGGUCAGUGACUCACACUUGUUGUAUAGAUGGAAAGCCAAUAUUAGGUAAGUGUUAGGGUUGACCACAUGACAGGGCCCAGUGCUCUGUUGGAAUGGCUGUGUCCCAAAUGGCACCCUAUGCCCUUUUAUAGUGCUCUAGUGCGCCAUAUAGAGAAUAGGGUGCCAUUUGGGACGUAUACUGAAUGUCUGAGCACGUGUUUGUUGGGAGGCGGUAGGGAGGUGUACACAUUCCUCCCCUCAUUAUCUGUGAAGGAAAUAUUGAAAAUAUUGAUUCUGUCCUGAUUCCCACCCUCCCUCCAGGGAUAAGGUCAAACUGGCAGAAAUAGUCUACGUCCCAAAUGGCCCCCCUAUUCCCUACAUAGUGCGCUAUUUUUUUGACCCUGGUCAAAAGUAGUGAACUAAAUAGGAAAUAGUGUCAUUUAAGAAAAUGUAUUUAACCUUUAUUUAACUAGGCAAGUCAGUUAAGAACAAAUUCUUAUUUACAAUGAUGGCCUACCCUGGCCAAAUCCUCCCCUAACCCUGAUGAUGCUGGGCCAAGGGCCAAUUGUGCGCCGCCCUAUGGGACUCCCGAUCACAGCCAGUUGUGAUACAGCCCGGGAUCGAACCCGGGUCUGUAGUGACGCCUCUAGCACUGCUAUGCAGUGCCUUAGACCGCUGUGCCACUCGGUCCCCUGAAAUUUGGGACAGAGCCAUAGAGGAUGGCAGCAGAGAAAUUAUAGAAUUGGUGUAUAAUUCAAUAAGUCUUGACCCAGCAUGUUCAUUUGAGGAGUCGAUAAGUGAGCUCUCCACUAGAACUGUCAGGCCUGAUUAUGAGGUUUUUAUUUUGCCUAUUAAAAUGUUCAGUUAGAGGUGCUGAAUCAUGCCAUGAGCCUUUGAGGAGAGGGACCUCGGCUUCAUUGGCCUGCUACUAACACACACACACACACCUGUUCAGCGCUGAGGAUAGAGGAGUGCCUCUCUAAGGAUGUUUGUGGUGAUGAUGCCACUCAGAGGAAAUGGCGGCCGGUUCAGCCCAUUUCCUGGGUUUGCUGUGCGGCUGAAGUGUGUGCAUGUGUCAGCAAGUGACAUCUCAGAACAAGCAGCAGUUAAGCUGUACAAUUAAAGGGAUACUUCAGGAUUUUGGAAAUGAGGCCCUUUUAUCUACUUCCCAGAGUCAGAUGAACUCAUGAAUACCAUUUUUAUUGUCUCUGUGUGCAGUUUGAAGGAAGUUGCCAAUUAACGCUAGCAAUUGCGCUAGCGCUAGUUAGCAACUUCCUUCAAACUGUAUGCAGACUUCUUUCAAACUGCAAGAUAUCCACAAGGCUCUAAGGAAUUGCGUAGGCAUACGUCUGUACCGCCAUUUGGUUUGUUCAGUCAUUGAUUUUUGUUUUUGUAGUUGCUGGGACUUAGCAUUAGUGUGUUAUUGGUGAAUGCACCAAUUUGUAAGUCGCUCUGGAUAAGAGCGUCUGCUAAAUGACGUAAAUGGAAAUGGAAAUGGAAGUAGAUAAAGGGCCUCAUUGCCAAAAUCCCAAAGUAUCUCCCCUCGGUCUGUGCAUAUCUACAGCAGUAGUAUGAUGUAGGUGUAAUGAGGGCGGCAGGUAGCGUAGCGGUUAGAGCAUUGGGCCAGUAACUGAAAUUAACAUAAACACGUUUAGCAUCUCUGGGCUUUUACGCAUUGCCUACAAGCCACUGAUGCAGACCUCGAACAUCCACAUUUAAAAAAGUCUGUUUAAUAUAGCUUACACCAUCACAAUAAAUCCAUUAUUUAUUUUAGGCAGGUAUAAAGAAACAUGAUAUGAAGAAAAUGUAGCCUAUUUCAGAAGAACAUGACUCGACCUUCGCCUCUUGUCUUUUACCCCCUUUUUCGAUCUUGUCUCAUCGCUGUAAUUCGCCAACAGGCGAAGGUCGAGUCAUGCGUCCUCCAAAACAUGACCCCGCCUAACCGCGCUUCUUAACACCCACCCCGCUUAACCCAGAAGCCAGCUGCACAAAUGUGUCGGCGGAAACACCGCUCAACUGACGGCCGAGGUCAGCCUGCAGGCGCCCGGCCCACCACAAGGAGUCACUAGAGCGCGAUGAGCCAUGUAAAGCCCCCCUGGCCAAACCCGGCCAAUUGUGCACCGCCCUAUGGGAUUCCCGGGCACAGCCUGGGAUCGAACCCGGGUCUGUUGUGACGCCUUAGACCGCUGCGCCACUCGGGAGGCUCUAGAAUAGCAUAUUCUAAGUCGUCCUUAUGUUAGGCCCUGAUCUGGCUAUGCCAUAUGGCUGUGGGUUACACUAGUUCAUUUAGCAGACAAGAUUUGCCUGUAAUGUUGAGAUGUGUCUGUUACUUGAACUCUGUGAAGCAUUUAUUUGGGCUGCAAUUUCUGAGGCUGGUAACUCUAAUGAACUUAUCCUCUGCAGCAGAGGUAACUCUGGGUCUUUCUUUCCUGUGGUGGUCCUCAUGAAAGCCAGUUUCAUCAUAGCGCUUGAUGGUUUUUGUGACUGCACAUGAAGAAACUUUCAAAGUUCUUGAAAUGUUCCGAAUUGACUGACCUUCAUGUCUUAAAGUAAUGAUGGACUGUCGUUUCUCUUUGCUUAUUUGAGCUGUUCUUGCCAUAAUAUGGACUUGGUCUUUUACCAAAUAGGGCUAUCUUUUGUAUACCACCCCUACCUUGUCACAACACAACUGAUUGGCUCAAACACAUUAAGAAGGAAAUACAUUUCACAAAUUAAAAUUUAAGAAGGCACACCUGUUAAUUGAAAUGCAUUCCAGGUGACUACCUCAUGAAGCUGGUUGAGAGAAUGCCAAGAAUGUGCACACUUUCUUGGUUACACAUGAUUCCAUAUGUGUUAUGUCAUAGUUUUGAUGUCUUCACUAUUAUUCUACAAUAUUGAAAAUAGUACAAAUUAGUAGGUGUGUCAACUUUUGACUGGUACUGUAUGUGUGAAAUUAGUUUUGAUUUAGAAUGGGCCAUUUAUCAUGCACCUGUCGGAACAGGGACAGUGGAAAAAAGAAAUCUGUAUGCACUUGAAUAGCGAGUGGAGGGCGCUUUUCCCGCGGUUCAUUUUCAUGCCAGCCAGAUAGAGCGCAGUUUUGGAGAAGCCUAGUUACCGUGACUCAACAGUCACAUGGAAUUUGACUGUGGUCAUGACUCGUGACUGCCAGUGUGGCUGUAAGUACGGUCACCGUAACAGCCCUGCCUGUACGUCAGUGCUGUCACCGUGCGUCUCACCCAGGCUGUCAGAUUGUCGUCAUGCCGACCUGAUAAUCAGGUAUUAGAGAGCCAGCAAUAACGGCAGCCUGUAGUUGGGAUCACCUUCACUCAAGCCUUUCACUGGGUUAUCUCUGUGCCGCCGCAUCUUUCACUGCGUUAUCUGGGUUCGCCCACUACACAGAUUAAACACAAGGGAUGUAAUUGUAAUUCCUCCCUGCCUCCCUCCUUGGGACUGAAUAUUGGCCUCACCAUGCUGUAGUACUGACCUCCACAGAUGCAGGGAGCAGAUAACAGCUUACCACACGUGUAGUCUUAGAGCCAGUUAGUGCUGUCAUGCCAACUCCCUGUCACUCAUUGCCAUGCCAAACACGAUUGACUCGACAAUGACAAUUAUGGAGUAGACGAGCACAAAUGUAUGUGGGACCAGGCUACCUACCACACGUGGUCUCUAGGCAGGACUCUGUCUACCGCUGUAAGCCGCAUGCUCUUAUUAAGAGGAAGUAGACGAUUGUUCAGAUUACACAGGAAGCUGGUUGUAGAGUGCUCAUUCUUUCGUACCAGUAUAAUGUGCGUGUAAAUGCAACCACAACCUGUUUGUGUGUUACACCCACAAUCUGAGGCAACGGAUAAGUCAAUAAAGUACAGCUACGAUAAUGAAUAGGGUUUCGUCCCAAAUGGCACCCUAUUCCCUUUAGAGUGCACUACUUUUGACCAGUUCUGGGAAUAGGGUGCUAUUUGGGACUCAUUCAAUGUUUUUAUAUGCGAGACAGCCAUGUAGAGUGUUUUGGUGUGUUUACGAGAAUGUAACUCCAAAGAAUCUUUAACCCGAGUCAUCCUGCAACACUGGCCAAAGGAAGGAGUCCAUCACAUUUAUGGGUGGGACAAAAAAGUUCUUAUUUUUUCUUUUUUGUAAAUGAUAUUUUCUCUUGCUGAAGAAGCACUCCCUCUCUGGACGCCACAGUAUUUCCCUCUCCUCUUCAAAGCAGGUCAUAUUAAUGAAAAAUAUACCAUUUUUUUCUUGAAGUUUCUUCCAAUUAUUUUCUCCCUCCAAUUUGAAUUAUUGAACUGUGGCCUGUCUUGGAAUCCAGUCUGUGUACAAAAUGAGAUGGAAUACGUCCCAAAUGGCACCCUUUUCCCUAUAUAGUGCACUAAUUUUGACCAGGGCCCAAGUGCACUAUGUAAGGAAGGGGUGCUAUUUGAGACUCAGACAUGGAGUUCUUCACAUUAAUGUUAACUCUCCUCCUGUCGGUUUUCUCCCUCAGGGUCUGCUGAGCAAAUAUUUGAUUGAAAACGCUCCUAAUGCGGAGAGCAAAGUGUUCUAUUUGAAGAUGAAGGGAGACUACUACAGAUACCUGGCUGAGGUGGCCUCCGGAGACGACAAGAAGGGUAAGUACUGGGCUGCUGGACUGAUCAGUCUACGUACCAAAUGGCACCCUAUUCCAUAUAGUGCACUACUUUUGAACAUGGUCCAUGUCCUAAAUGGCACCCUAUUCCCUAUAUAGUGCACUACUUUUGACCAGGGGCCCUGGUCAAAAGUAGUGCACUAUAUAGGGAAUAGGGUGGCAUUUGGGACUCCGGUUAAAUUUGGGACUAGAUAUAGGGGUGGGGGGAGGGAUUGAUAGUUACAUAUAUUAUAUCGAUAUUUGACUCAAAGUAUUGAUUUUUAUUUUUGGCUACUGUAGGCAGCGUUAACUAGUGCUAGUCUGCUGUACCUGCACUAAAACUCUGGGAUUUUUCAUCCUAUAGCUUGUUCUCCAUCUUCUUUUUAAAUAGUGAGCCAACAUGUUUUCAGCACUUUUAUUUCCCUGACUGAUCAAAACAAGUUUUCUCUUGUCUCUCUGCUGCAGACAUGUAGUGAGCAAUAUGUUUGGAACAUCAAAUCGCAAUAAAAUCGUAGUAUCGAUUCUAAUCGCAAUGCAGAUCAUAUCAGCACCUAAGUAUCGUGAUAAUAUCGUAUCCUGAGGUCCCUGUCAAUUCCCAGCCCUAGCUCCCACUGGCCUCCCUGUCCCUCCCUUUAACUGGAGCCAGGAGUUCACAGUGGAUAAAAGACUCAAUCAUAAACUGCGUUGUAGUAGAAAGGAUUACGGGGGCUUAUAAGGUUGUAGUCUGACCAUGAAAGGAAAUGAAAUGAUUAUGUUGUAGAGCAGACAGUAUACCAGGGAGGACAGCAGCUCUGCGUCCCAAAUGGCACCCUAUUCCCUUUAGUGCACUAACUUUGACCAAAGCCCUGGACCCUGGUCAACCGUAGUGUACUAGAUAGGAAAUAAAUAGGGUGCCAUUUGGGAUGCUCACCAGUUAUCUUUUGUUUGUUGAUAUUGUUUUGUUGUCAGACAGUAUGUGUUGAUAAGACAUCUGGUUUUGUUCUCCUGAUUCCCCUCAAAUCAUUAUAGACCUUGGAGGUAUUUAACAAGCAUUUACUCAAGCAUGCAUCUCCCUCUGAGAAAAACAAUAUAAAUACAUUCUGUGGGUUGGAGCUCCAUCCAGACGUCUAGCUUCAGGGGAUGCAAGCUUGUUGAUUUUAUUGCAGGCUGAGUAAGUUUGGGCUCUGAACGUGGUGAUGGGUGUAUGAAUGUUCCCUCCCUGCUGCCCUGGGGGUCUCUUCCCUCCCUCCCGCCCCAACUGAAGAUGGAGGGGGUUGAAACUGGGAAGGGAGGAUGUGUCUCUGUCUGGCACUAGCUACAAAUUAACAGUUGAAAUGUAGGCCUAGGUCUAGUCAGUUAGUAGCAUAACGCUUGCUGGCUUAUUUUGGCAGCCAGGCCAGGCACUCCACAUGGAUCAUAUCAGGGGAUUCUUUUGUACUUUGUUUUUCUUGAUGCCACAGCACUAUUUGUAUCUUUUGGUGCUCAACAAAGGAUAUUUAUAAGCCCAUUAUCUCAUAUAGGCCUAGCUCUCAGAAACACGUACAGAUAGGCUGACAGGGAAAGUGACUCCAUUUGCAGCAGUGAUCGAUACCUAGAGGCAUAGUAUGACUUCCUGACCAAAGUCACAUUUUACAAAGGUUAUGAAAUGAAACCGAGACAAUGGUUUCGUCCCAAAUUGCUUUUGAGCGUAUGGGCCUUGGUGAAAUGUAGUGUGCUAUAUAAGGAAUAGGGUGCCAUUUGGGAUGUAGAGACUGUUUUUAGAGUCGGAGCUCUGUCUUAAUGUUUCCUUCUUACUCCCCUCCUCUCCCACAGGGACGAUAUCCAACUCUCAAGACUCUUACCAGGAGGCGUUUGACAUCAGCAAGAAGGAGAUGCAGCCCACUCACCCCAUCCGCCUGGGCCUGGCCCUCAACUUCUCUGUCUUCUUCUACGAGAUCCUCAACUCCCCAGAGAAGGCCUGCUCACUGGCCAAACAGGUCAGGAUGAUAAAACGACACAGAAGCCCACACUGGCGGUGUCCCAAAUAGCACCAUAUUCCCUAUCUAGUGCUUUCUUUUGACCAGGACCUGUAUGGCUCUGGUCAAAAGAAGUGCACUAUAUAGGGAAUACGGUGCCAUUAACGGGGUGUACUAUACAGGGACACAGAGCUGUAUUAUAUUCCCUCUCUUUCUCUCUCCACCUUUCAUCUCCUUGUUCAUAUGCAUAUAUCAACCAUUUAUUAUUUGUGUGUGUGUGUGUGUGUGCUCGCAGGCCUUUGAUGACGCCAUCGCCGAGCUCGACACGCUGAGCGAAGACUCGUACAAAGACAGCACCCUCAUCAUGCAGCUGCUUAGAGACAACCUCACAGUAAGUUCCCUCCUGCCUCCCUCCACCGAGCGACAUGAUUGGAUACUUCAGCAACACAUCCCACCCACAUCCAUUCACCCACACACACAGGCACUGUGACUGCAACCCCCUCUAGUGUGUGUGCAUCUUAGUUUAGUGUUUUAAUCUCAAGCAGGAGGCAGUGCCAUUUGUGAAUGAUUAGCUAUGAAAUAGGGGUUUGAAAUUAUUUGACCAAAGUGGAGCACAGGUAUAAUAUACCAUUUAGCUUUACUUUUAUCCAAAGUGACUUACAAUACACUGAGUGCAUACAUUUUUAGUCUGUGACUUCUGAAAUGCUGAUGGUCAGUCCAUUGUUAAUGGUGUUUUGUCUUGUGUGUUUCAGCUAUGGACAUCUGACAACGCAGCAGAUGAGCCAGAGGCUGGAGAGGAAGGAGAGAACUGA